CGCAGUGCCGAGGCGGCUUCCCGGGAAGAUGCUGCGGCAGCUGUUCGUGCUCUCGUCCAAGGGCGACCGGCUCCUCUACAAGGACCUCCGCGGCGACGGGAGCGCCGACCUGGUGGAGACCUUCGCGCGGAGGAUCGCGGCGCUGCCAGCCGACCAAGCGCCGGUCUUCAUGGAGGCCUGCCCGGGGCUCCACUUCGCCCACGUGCGCCACGCGGGGCUGUACUUCGUGGGCACCCUCCGGCCCGACGCCUCCCCCUUCGUGGCCGUGGAGUUCCUCGCCAGGCUGGUGGCGCUCCUGCGGGACUACUGCGGCCGCCUGGACGAGAAGACCGUCGGCCUCAACUUCGCCCUCAUCUCCGAAGUGCUGGACGAGCUGCUGGAUUACGGUUACAUCCAGACCACCGCCCCGGACGUCCUGAAGAGCUUCAUCCAGAUGGACCCGGUGCUCAGCCAGCCCUUCAGCCUCUUUGACCUCAGCACGGUGGGCUUGUUUGGGGCAGAUACGCAACAGAGCAGAGUGGCACCCAGUUGUGCAGCUGCUCGUCCAAUCCUGUCACUGCGGGGAGAGCAGGUUUCACAGCCUGAAGUUUUCCUGGAUGUGGUGGAACGACUCACAGUCAUCAUCGCUGCCAAUGGCACUCCCAUGAAAACUGACGUCCAAGGGGAAAUACGGCUCAAGAGCUUCUUUCCUGGUUGCUCUGAGAUGCGGAUUGGCCUGCCGGAGGAGUUCUGCGUGGGCAAGAAGGAGCUUCGAGGUUAUGGCACGGCUGUCCGCGUGGAUGAGUGUUCCUUCCACAGUUCCGUUAAACUGGAUGAAUUUGAGGGCAGCCGCAUCCUCCGUGUCAGCCCCAGCCAAGGGGAGCUGACUCUGAUGCAAUACCAGCUGGCCGAUGACAGCCCUGCAGCCCUGCCCUUCCACCUGUUUCCCACCAUUCAGCACGGCUCCUGUGGCCGGGUGCAGGUUUAUCUCAAGCUUCGCUGUGACUUGUUUCCCAAAAGCCAUGCGGUCAACCUUCAUAUCCACCUGCCUGUGCCCAAAACUACGCUAAGCUUUUCUCAAGAGUUGAGCAGUCCUGAGCAGACGGCCAUCUUGCAGCCCGCCACCAAGUCUAUUGAGUGGAUUGUCCCCCGAAUGCAAGGUGGCUCCCAACUCUCUGCCCUGUUUAAGCUGGAGGUUCCAGGGCUCACCCAGGCAGGGCUACGUGAGCUCGGCCCUGUCAACCUGUCUUUUGAGAUGCCAGCCCACACCUGCUCUGGGCUGCAGAUCCGCUUCCUGCGCUUCACAGGACCAGAGCCUACUCUUCCUCACCGGUGGGUGAGGUACGUGACUCACAGUGAGUCCUAUGUGAUCCGACUCAGUGCAGAAUAGACUACCUCCUUGUUACUCCAAAUUAAACAGCUUUAUUUUUUAA